UGGAUGCUGUGGCCGUAAGGUUUGUGGAGCGGAGCAUCUGCCUGUGUGCGCCUGCCUGCGGGUGUCAGCGAGCGUUACCGUCAGACAGCACCGAAACCCUGCACGGCACGGAGCGAGACGAGGCGUAAGCGACUGUUUGGGACAUCAAGAAGGAGGUUGAAUCAUGUCUUCUGGAGCAGCGAUGGUACGCAUCCUCAUAAAGGGGGGCAAAGUGGUGAAUGAUGACUAUACUCAGGAGGCCGAUGUGUACAUUGAGAAUGGCAUCAUCCAACAAGUGGGCAAGGAGCUGAUGAUUCCGGGCGGAGCCAAGGUGAUUGACGCCACAGGCAAGCUGGUGCUUCCCGGAGGCAUCGACACCAGCGUUCACCUGCAGGAGACCUUUAUGAACGCCACCACUGCUGAUGACUUCUACAGUGGCACUAAGGCUGCCCUUGCUGGAGGCACUACAAUGGUCAUAGGCCAUGUGUUGCCUGAGAAGAACGAGUCUUUGCUGGAUGCCUAUGAGAAAUGUCGAUCCCAUGCUGAUGCUAAGAGCUGCUGUGAUUAUGCUCUUCAUGUUGCUGUCACCUGGUGGGGUCCUAAGGUGAGGGCUCAGAUGGAGACGCUGGUGAGGGAGAAAGGAGUGAACUCCUUCCAGAUGUUCAUGGCUUAUAAGGACGUGUACAUGCUGAGGGACAGCGAGCUCUUCCAGGCCCUGCAGAACUGUAAGGACAUUGGAGCCAUUGCCCGCGUGCAUGCUGAGAACGGAGAGCUGGUCGCCGAGGGUGCCAAAGAAGCUUUGGAUCUGGGCAUCAGUGGACCAGAGGGUAUCGAGAUCAGCAGGCCUGAAGAGCUGGAGGCAGAGGCAGUUCACCGAGCAAUCACCAUCGCUAAUAGGGCCCACUGCCCCAUAUACCUGGUGAACGUGUCCAGCAUGUCGGCAGGAGAUGUUCUGGCCACAGCUAAGAUGCAGGGUAAAGUAGUUCAUGGGGAGACAAGCACUGCUCAUGCAGUGAUAAAUGGCCUUCAGUAUUACCACCAAGAUUGGGCUCAUGCUGCUGCCUACGUCACUGUGCCCCCCCUGAGACUGGACCCCAACACUCCCAACUUCUUGCUUAGCCUGCUCGGAAAUGACUCAUUAAACGUGGUAACAUCUGACCACCGACCCUUCACCACCAAACAGAAGGCCAUGGGUAAAGACGACUUUACUAAGAUCCCUCAUGGAGUGCCAGGAGUACAGGAUCGCAUGAGCAUCAUCUGGGAGAAAGGAGUGGUUGGAGGGAAGAUGGAUGAAAACCGAUUUGUUGCUGUUACAAGCUCUAAUGCUGCCAAAAUCUACAACCUGUAUCCCAGGAAAGGCAGGAUCAUCCCUGGAGCUGAUGCCGAUGUAGUGGUUUGGGACCCUGAUGCAACCAGGACCAUUUCCGUCACCACACAGUGGCAAGGGGGAGAGGUGAACCUGUAUGAGGGUCUGCGCUGCCAUGGUGUGCCUCUGGUUACUAUCAGUCGUGGACGCGUGGUCUAUGAGAACGGUAUCUUCACCUGUGCUGAGGGCUCUGGAAAGUUCUAUCCCCUCCGGACCUUUCCUGACUAUCUCUACAAGAAGAUGGUUCAAAGAGAGAAGUGUCAGGCUCUGAAGGGAGUAGACCGAGCUCCUUACAUUGGAGAUGUGGCUGCAGUUCAGAACUCGGGAAAGAAGGAGACGGUCCCUGCUGUAGGUGACUUGGCUCAGCGACCCUGCACCCGCCAUGGAGGAAUGAGGGACCUGCACGAGUCCAGCUUUAGCUUAUCAGGUGUCCAGAUUGACGACAACCUCCCAAAGCGAUCUUCUCAAAGGAUUCUGGCUCCUCCCGGUGGUAGAUCCAGUGGCAUAUGGUAACAUCGGCUGCUGCUAGCUUUGGACCCACAGAACAACUAAACCUGAAACUAAACACCUUAAUAUUGUUUGACAACUUCACAUCCAACCAAAAUGAUUUAAAGCUAGUCACUUGCUACAAACGUAACUAAAAACCUAAGUGUUGUUAAUGGCCUGAGGAGGGAAAGCUGAGACGUGCUGAACGAAAAUGGGAAAACAAGGUAUAGGUGUGUUUAUAGAGGAUGUGUGGAUUGUUUGUAAGAGAUGUGAUUAUUGAAACAUUACGCAGGCAUUUUUUAUUAGUUGGUUAAUCUGGGUUUGUGUGGGUGUCGUAUGAUAGUGGUGCAAGUAACUUAACCUUUCUCCUGAUUAUGUCUACUUUAACACUUUAUUGAUAACAGUGCACUGUGAUAUGCAACAGUUUAAAAAAAGAUUUCUAAAAAAAAGAAAGUGAUCAUUUGGACGUUUGGCUGAAAAUGGAUAGAAUUUUAUAUGACCAUGGUAAGAGGAUGUGUAACUAUGUAUAAUUAUUUAACCACAUUUUUUUUAAUUGUCUGGGCACAUGAAUCUGUGUUUACCUCAGUGUGUUUUAUCUCUGGAAUUGCACUUAUGUACAGCACUACCCUGCCUCUUCAUUUGUUGAACUGUACACCUGUUGUGAUCAAGUAAAGCGGUUUUAGAAACGAUGACGCGCUCCUCUGCUAAACGUUCAGUCGCGGCCUCUGUAUCGCUUUUUUGUAUUUUAUGUUGAAGUGGAAAUGUUUGGUUGGUUGUUUUUUGUUCACAUGACCGUUGACUUGUGUAUUAUUCAAAGGCAGUUUUGAAAGUGAUCAAAUCCAGUUCUUGCCACGGCAUUAAUUUAGCUAGAAUCUGUGUAUAUUGAGUUAUUUACUUCUUUGUUAUGCCAUGGUUCAGCAUGUUUUAUUUGACUCUACAUGGUAAAUGGCAACAGCGGUGUGUCCCUGUGCGGUAGACUUAUAUUGUGUCACUAUUUGAAAGUGUUAUCGAUAGCUAAAUCAUUCUUACAUUUGCUAAGGGUGUUUACGCUCAGUUAGCACAGCCCUGUACCUCCCAUUAAUGUGAAUCAACAUGAUUGCCAUGUUUACAGUGUCACAUAUCAAAACUCUUGAGUUUCUCUUAUGUGCAUUUCACUGCAUCUUGAUAGCAUAACUACCUGGGAUUGCCUAAUGCCUGAUUGAGCUCAUAGUUUAACCCAUAAUGCCAAUGUUAUUCUCUGCUUGCUUCACAACAGACACCUUAGCUUUCUCUUAAGCUGUUGUCUUUAGUGCACUUCAGUUAGUUACUAGUGUUACUAGGGUUAGAACUUUGAGGUUUGAAAACAAUAGAAGGGACUUUAGUUUUGAAAUAUGCACCAUCAAAUCUUCUCAUUCCAGCAGGGAAUUAUUAUAUAAAAGAGACCUGGUUCAUUCUUGUUCCACAAAGAAUAGGAUUAAAACUGUGUGCAGUGAGAGCAAAUAGGUUAGGAUGCAAAUAGCUGCACAACUAUUAGCUGUAAUACCUUUGUUGUCAUCAGUAAAAACUUGUCUUCUUCCCCUGUAGUGAAUAACUGAAUAAGCAGUGAAUAAGAACUGAAUAUGGCCAAACAGUGGUAGAUAAAAAAGACCUUCACUGUAGUGUACAGUGUCUUUUACUGGUUCCUGUUCAUCAUGCUUCUGUCACUUAGCUUAGCUCAAUGCAUUGGGAGACCCCACUGUAGAGAUGGUGUGAAUCACAGUGCAAUUGUCCCAGUUUAACACUCCAACAAGAAUAAUAGAACAUUUUAUUGGUGCUGAAUAUUCAUGUGUGUGUGGAUGUUAUUUUUUUUAUUACUUUUUCGAUUUUAGAACUUUUUUCAUCCAUCUACUUUUUAAAUAUAAUGUAUGUAUGAAAUCACUAUAAUUGUAUGUAUGUUAUGUUCCUCUCAUGAGUACAAAUAAACCCUGUCCAACCUGG